AUAUGUUAGAUUGAUGAAUGUAGACAUGGAAAAAUAAAAGUGUUGCUUAACAAAACUUAGUGGGGUAUUAGGUUUUCUUUACUGAAUUUUAUUUUUUUUACUGUUUGCAAGUGUAAUACAUACUGCUAGCUCUUGGCACUAAAAGAAGAACUAUGAGAUUGUACAGCCGUAUAUCCAGUAUUGAUGCGUGAGUGAAUAAACGUGAUGUCUGCGAUCUUCAACUUUCAGAGCCUACUGACAGUAAUCUUGCUGCUCAUAUGUACCUGUGCUUAUAUCAGAUCCUUGGCUCCCAGCUUACUGGACAAAAAUAAAACUGGAUUAUUGGGGAUAUUCUGGAAGUGUGCCAGGAUUGGUGAACGGAAGAGUCCAUAUGUAGCUGUGUGCUGUAUAGUGAUGGCCUUCAGCAUUCUGUUCGCACAGUAGCAACUGAAGAAUGUCAAGAAUAUCUUGCUGUCAAGCCAAUGGCUUAAUGAACUUUGAGCAGCAAAAAAGAUGAAAAACAUAUUCUAACCCCUCUAUCUCUCUCUUGCGUGUAUUGGAUGGGCCAUACUUUUGGCAAGCCUUUCCUUUUUUUUUUCCUGUUAGUGGACCAUGGUGUACAGUUUAACAAAAUGUAAUUCUGGAAUUGAAGACCUGUAUUUUGAUUAUUGAGGUUAUAAAUUCUGCAAAGGUCAUUCACGUGCAUUGUAUAUUGGAUUUCAAAGUGGUUAUUUUUAAGCCAUGCAAUUGAAAACAAAGUUAAUAAAUAUAUAUCAGUUUGA